AUGUUGACCGCGCAGCGCGUGCGCUUCCCCGGCGCCGUUACAGGGAUUCGCGCAAAGAAAUGCCGUGCGCGGCGGCACCUCCCUAUCAUCCGCGCGGAGCAGCAGAGCACGGAGACGGAGACGGCCACUAAGAAGCGUUCGGUCGGGGAGAUGGAGCAGGAGUUCCUCGAGGCCAUGCGCUCGUUCUACUACGACGGCAAGCCCUCCAUCAGCAACGAGGAGUUCGACGCCCUCAAGGAGGAGCUCCUGUGGGAGGGCUCGCAGGUGGUGAUCCUCUCGUCCGCGGAGCAGCGCUUCCUGGAGGCGUCGAUGGCGUACAACGCGGGCAACCCCAUCAUGAGCGACGAGGAGUACAAGGCGCUGAAGGACGAGCUCAAGAAGUCGGGCUCGGGCGUCACGAAGCAGGGCCCCAGGUGUUCGAUCCGCAGCAAGAAGAUGUACAGCGACGCGGGGGUCGACUACCUGAAGAUGGGCCUCGUCAACGUGCCGGCGCUGCUCGCGACGCUGUCCAGCGUGUUCGCCCUGGACUACGUGUCGAACUUCGCCGUCACGUACGCGAUAGAGCUCCCGUCGCCCUGGGGCUUCCUCUUCACGUGGGUGAUCCUCGUCCCCACCAUCUACACGAUGACGACCGGAAUCACGCAGUUCGUCCUCAGGGACUGGGUCAUCUUGAAGUCGCAGUGCCCGAACUGCGGGACCGACCAGAACGCCUACUUCGGCGACAUCUUCAUCGUCCAGGGCACCCGGGACAGCCUCACCGUCGACUGCCUCGACUGCGGGUCGUCUUUGAAGUGGGACAACAACGAGAGGGUCGUGACCGUCGAGCGGAUCGGGCCCAAGCCGGCGCCCGCGAAGAAGGCUGGGAAGAAGAAGGCGCCUGCCGAGUAA